CUCAGGCUGAGCUGCGAGCAGAGGAGGACCUCUGAUCCGGGAGGACCCCCCAAACCCAGCGACCCUCCCCUGAACCUCUGGAGCGAACAGAGCGGAUCUGUUUGCUCUGCGCUCCUCCGCACCAAACACCCCGAAUCUCUGACCCCCGCACGUGCAAUGAAACGAGCGCAUCCACAGGGCUGCCGGGAGGGAGUGGAUGUCCUGGAAUAGGAUUAUUUAGAGGGAGCCGCGAGUGGACGGAGCGCGGUGGAAGCUGGAGGAGCGCAGGGACUUUUACGCACGGCCGUGCCGCUUUGUGUUCGCGCCCCCUGAUCGGCUGCUAUGGUCCGGACUGUCCGCGUCCGGACAGGCUGAAGCAUCUCGUCUCUGCCGGGGGGAUUUAUCGGAGCGGGAUCCUCGGGAAUAUGCAUCAGAGAGGAGUGUGGCAUCUGUGGUGGCUGCUCCUCGCCGCGGUGCCGCUGUCAGUCAGCGGGUUUCCCGCAAACUCCGAGGAGAGCGAGGGCAGAGCGGCUACAGCGUCCAUUUCCGAGUUCAUACCAGAAAACGCCAAUGGGGACGAUCGUCCGGAUCUUCAAGAACUCCAGCGAGAGAACUUGGUGCCGACUCUUCCCUCGGGUCUGUCUUCUCCCAGGUCGGGACACAGCUGGUCCCGGCACCGCUCCCAGGGUCUGCUCCCUGCUCCCGAGCCUGAAGCCGACCCCGACACCUUCAUCCUGGAUCUGAGGAACUUCCCAGAGCUCGCCAACGCGGACAUCGGCUCGCAGAACCCAAACAUUCAGGUAACCAUCGAGGUGGUGGAAGACACGCCGACUGAGACAGAGGUGGAGAUGGACCUGGCCAUGGAGGGUCAGCGCAACGACUGGUCGGUGUCGUCCUCCGAGUGGGUCCACAGCCACAAGAAGCUGUUCUGGCCGCUGUUCUGGGAGUACCCAGAGCAGAUGGGGAACGGGCUGGGGGCUGACAGCUUGGAGGAACAGCCUGAGGACUACCACUACGACCCGGAGGACCCGGUCCUGAGCGGAGUCGGGGGAGACUGGGGGCGACGCUGGAAUCAAGAGUGGGACAACAAGGAGCAUUUUGAACAUGAGGAGUGGAGCGACUGGGCUCCCUGCAGUAUAACCUGUGGGCCUGGCACUCAGAAACGGACCCGGUCUUGCGGCUACGCCUGUACUGCAACCGAGUCGCGUGCAUGUGAUCUGGAGAGCUGCGCCGACUCAGGUUCUGCAGUGACGGAGCAAACGUCUCUCCAGGCGAGCGCGACCACCGAAUCUCUGCAUUCGAAUGUGGACAGCUGUGAAAAGUGGCUGAGCUGUAAAAACGACUUCCUGCAGAAGUACCUGCACCAGGUCCUGACCGAGCUGCCGGGCUGCCCCUGCUCCUACCCCUCCGAGGUCGUCUACAGCGCCGUCAACAUCCAGGACGCCAAGCUUCGCAGGACCUUCCGCUGGAAGGACGCCAGCGGACCCAAAGAGCGCCUGGACAUCUACAAACCCUCGGCCAGAUUCUGCAUCCGGUCCAUGCUUUCGUACGACAGCACGACGUUAGCGGCGCAGCACUGUUGCUACGACGACCAGCUGAGACUGAUAACUCGAGGAAAAGGAGCGGGAGCCCCCAAUCUGAUCAGUACGGAGUUUUCCCCAGAGCUGCAUUACAAGGUGGACGUCCUGCCGUGGAUCCUGUGCAAAGGGGACUGGAGCCGGUUCCACUCCAUACGGCCGCCCAAUAACGGGUUGGACUGCAGCGAAAACCCGUCUGAACACGUGUUCCAGACGGAGCUCCAGGAGGCCAGAGAGUACUGACAGCUUCUUCUUCAUCCCCCUCUCCAGCGCUGUCGGUUCCCACCUCUUCCUGAUCCGUCUCCCGGACAGCUGUAUCCUCUCUGGCCUCUGAGAGCUCUCCCUCCUCCAUGCCUUCAUCUAAGUACCAGUGAACAAAGGCUUUUUAGGGUACAUGAGAGCGAAUUUGUGGUUGAGUCAAGCCCAGGCCUCAGUGGUGCCAUCGCUGCCAUCAGCGCACAGCCAGGUGUCCUCCGGGAGCCACGCAGAGAGGCUGGUAGGAGGACACCAGUGUCCAGGUUCCUGCGGCAGAUGUUAUAGAUGGCUUCAUUAUCUCUAAGGAAGGCACGAGGGUGGUGUGGGUGGAGUUGUAGCGCUGCAGCACUGCAGUGGACACCUGAGGAGCCGGGUAAACAGCAAAUCCAAACUUGGGUUUCUUACCAUAGUCAACCGAGAGACGCUCCAUCAGCAGAGAGGUGAAGCCAGAACAGGCUCCUCCUCCAAAGGAGUGGACGACGAGGAAACCCUGCAGUCCUGUGCACGGUCCUAUCCCAGCUGCUGUGGGACAGAAUAUUGAUGGAUGAUCAAUGUGAUUGGGGGAGAUUUUUUUAUACUUACAUGGACAGCUGGAGGCGGCUCUCAGUGAUAAUAAAGACAAAUGCUCUAUACUCAGCUGAUCCCUGUUUGUUGCUGCUACUCUGUCUGAAUGUCCUGGUGUGUGUGUGUGUGUGUGUGUGUGUGCGUGUGUACAAAAUAAGCAUAUUUAUUGGCCUAUGAACUUUUUCAUUUCAUGUUUACUAAGCUGCUAAAUGAUGAAUAAAGUCAGACCUUUGAA